CCCGCCCGCAUGGAACCACAGGGAGCCCGGCGGCGGCAGCCUCUCUCGCUGCUCAGCUGGCUCCCGGCUCCACGUUCCCCGGCGAGCAGAGACUCCAUACCACAGCAAGCAUGGAGCCUGCUCAGCUAAGCUCACCAUCACCGCCGCUGUUGUGUCCUGAGUGCUGCUGUCAGCAGAUGGUGCAGGACGACUGCUAACCAUCAUCAUCCUCCGCUUCCGAUGCAACUCUGCCAUCCUGCUCUUGUAAAUAAGCUCAGUCUCAAUAGCAAAUUUCUCCAUGUUGUCAUUAUCCACCGCUUCCGCUGCAACUCUGUUCUCCUGGUGCCAUAAAUCCACCUCGCAGGUCCUCUCGUCAUUCUGUAUAAAUAUCUAUUCUCGUGGCAUCCAUCGUCAUCCACCGCUUCCUCUGCAAUUCUGCUCUCCUGCUGUCCUGCAGAUGCCAUAUCACGGCAAGUGUGGAGCCUGCUCAGCUCACCGGUGCUGUUGUGAGCAUUGUAAACACUUUGCACAUUAUCCUGGAGUAUAUGCAGAACCAGGCUAAGAGGAGGAUUUUGAUGAGGACAUGGACACAGACGUUCCUGAAAGCACCGGCUGUGGCAAUUGGGACAUCAUGGUAGCAGUGGGGCUGGUUGAUACAGUGAAACGCCAAUUCUGGGCCCAGCAAACAAGCACAGACUGGUGGGACCGCAUAGUGUUGCAGGUAUGGGAUGAUUCACAGUGGCUGCAAAACUUUCACAUGCAUAAGGCCACUUUCCUGGAACUCAGUCAGUUGCUUUCCCCCACCCUGAAGCACAGGAAUACCAAGAUGAGAGCGUCCCUGACAGUUGAGAAGCGAGUGGCGAUAGCCCUGUGGAAGCUUGCUACGCCUGACUGCUACCGGUCAGUCGGGAAUCAAUUUGGAGUGGGCAAGUCUACUGUGGGGACUGCUGUGAUCCAAGUAGCCAAUGCAAUCAUUGAUGUUCUGUUAUCAAGGGUAGUGACCCUGGGAAAUGUGCAGGUCAUAGUGGAUGGCUUUGCUGCAAUGGGUUUCCCUAACUGUGGUGGGGUGAUAGACGGAAUGCAUAUCCCUAUCUUGGCACCGGACCACCUUGCCAACCAGUACGUAAACCACAAGGGGUACUUCUCAAUGAUGCUGCAAGCACUGGUGGAUCACAAGGAACGUUUCACCGACAUCAAUGUGGGAUGGCCAGGAAAUGUGCAUGACGCUCGCAUCUUUAGGAACUCUGGGCUGUUCGAGCAGCUGCAAGAAGGGACUUACUUCCCAGACCAGAAAAUUACCAUUGGGGAUGUUGAAAUGCCAAUCGUUAUCCUUGGGGACCCAGCCUACCCCUUGCUUCCAUGGCUCAUGAAGCUGUACACAGGCAGCCUGGACAGUAGUAAGGAGCAGUUCAACUAUGAACUGAGGAAGUGCAGAAUGGUGAUAGAAUGUACCUUUGGACGUUUAAAAGCUUGCUGGCGCUGUUUGCUGACUAGGUCAGACCUCAGCGCAACCAACAUUCCCAUUGUUAUUGCUGCUUGCUGUGUGCUCCAUAAUAUCUGUGAGAGUAAGGGGGAGACGUUUAUGGCAGGGUGGGAGGUUGAGGCAAAUCGCCUGGUGUCCGAUUUUGAGCAGCCAGACACCAGGGCAAUUAGAAGAGCACAUUAAGGCGUGCUGCGCAUCAGAGAGGCUUUGAAAACCAGUUUCAUGACAGGCCAGGCUUCAGUGUGACAGUUGUGUGUAUUUCUCCUUGAUGCAAACCCGCCCCCUUUGUUGAUUUUAAUUCUCUGUAAGCCAACCACCCCCCACUUUGAAAUAAAGUAACUGU